UUCUCACUUGUUAGUUCCAUCUGUUACAAAGAUCAAUUAAUUUAUUCGCUUUACAUUGUUUCAUGUCAUGUCGGAUUACCUCUGCCUCUACUGGUUUUCAAGACUUAUAUAAGUAAAUCUAGGACAGCUGAUAACAUUUGAAAAGGGUAUCACUUUGAGGAACGAACCCCCUCGGGUUUCAUUCGUAAAAUAUCGUAUUGCUUUCCUCGAUUUUUCAAUUUCCAACUGAACAAUCAGUAUAAUGAAGAAACUAGCAAUUGCUGUCCAGAUUGUAAUUCUCCUUUUCAACUACAACUUUGAUGUAUCUGCAAAAAAAAUGGUAUGUAAAAAAUGCGAGAAUUUGUAUUAUGAACGUCUGUUUAUGAAAUCCAUUGGCCACAAUUUCUUUGUACCGCCUUCGAUGGUUCCCAACGAAUUCUGCGAUCCACCAAUUAAUGCUGGAAUAAAAACCUGCUCGCGAUUUCUCCCUACUAACAUAAUAUCCAGCGAAAGAUCAACCUGUCCUUGGUACACGACCAUUAUUCACGAUCCGACAGUUUUCCCUUCCCGUCGAACUGAAGCAGUGUGUCGCUGUGAUGUCUGCAUGGACUCCACCCAUAAUACCGAAUGUGUGACUGUGUUCGCUAAAAUGACUUUCCUCAAACGUUCAGAUGAAUGUAUUGAUGGACUGUAUUUGUAUACCCCAUUGGUGAUAAACGUGGCCGUUGCUUGCGCGUGCGCGUCGAAAAUCGACCAGUUUGAUAAUUCUUCGAUGUAUGAUUAUAGUUAUGAUACUGAUUAUUAAAUCUGAACAAACGGUAUAACGGCUAUUCUAAGCUGCGUAUAAUGCAAAGUUUGUUUAUCUGAUUACAGAGACAGAACGACACACACACACACAGAGGCACACACACACAGACACACACACACACACGUAACUAUAAUGUAUUUGAAACAUUUUUGACACGUAUCAGAAAUUAUUCUUUUAUCACUUCUUCAAUGCAUGCAAAUUGAUUUUUAAAACAUAUUGUCGAUAUUUUUGCCGUUAGCACGUAUCAUAAGA